AUGUUUUGCUUUUAUCAAGUAUCACGUCCGAACGCUCUUCGACUCGCAUCAACAGUUGAACGGCUUGCUUUAGCGGCCACAACAGCAGCGUGUCAAAGCAGUGCCCGACGGAACGAUACCGUCACCGUGAAACAACAGUACAGUUCCCUAUCAUCAUUGUCGGUCACGUCACCAAGUCCAACGUCGGCGUGGCAGCGGUGCCCAUUGCGUGAACGAAACACUCCCUCCAUUCCGUGCGUGCAUCGUGCGUCCGUCACCUCGUGGCAGCAAUCACCGCUAAUCGCUGGUGGACGGUCAACAGGCAACGGUUGCUUUGUUAUUUCUGGCCCGCGAGUGUUUCCUCCGGCAGUAGCCGCAGUGGUGGUGCGUUCGGUGAAUCAUUCUACCCGCCCGGUUUCAUUUGCUGUCGGGCGUGAUAAGCCAAGUGUCGUCCUUUCUACGGGUUCUGUAGCGGCACAUUAUCCGUUCGAACGACGCAACAUCACCACCAACACCACGACAAACUGUAACAGCAUCAGUGACGUGUCCGAAAAAAGUGAAUACAAAAUGUCCGCAGCCACCGGUACCGGCGGGAAGCCCGAGUUCCAGCGCCUACCAAACAAUGUGGUACCGGAGCACUACGAGCUGAGGCUGAAACCCAACCUGACGGCGCUAACGUUCGAGGGCUCCACGACGGUUGACCUGAAGGUUUUAUCGGCAACGGAUCGCAUCACGUUAAAUGCACUGGAUCUGAAGAUAAGCACGGCGAACGUUAGUUUCAACGAACAUAAACUUACCGCCCAGGACAUACAGUUCAAUGCGGACCAAGAAACGGCGUGCUUCGUCUUCGGUACGGAAAUUCCGGCCGGUACGGCGAAACUGGCGGUUGAAUUCAGUGGCGAGUUAAACGACAAGAUGAAGGGUUUCUAUCGCAGCAAAUACUUCUCACCGACCGGUGAAGAACGAUACGCGGGCGUAACGCAAUUCGAGGCAACGGACGCGCGGCGAUGCUUUCCUUGCUGGGACGAACCGGCCAUUAAGGCCACGUUCGACAUUUCGCUGGUUGUGCCGCAAAAUCUGGUAGCCCUGUCAAACAUGCCGGUUGUACGUGAGCAACCCUCAGGAGACAAGGACGACUCCGUACUGGUAGCCUUCGAUCGGACCCCGAUCAUGUCCACCUAUCUGGUGGCAGUUGUAGUGGGCGAAUACGAUUAUGUCGAGGAUAAAUCGGCUGAUGGUGUGUUGGUGCGAGUGUACACACCCGUUGGCAAGCGUGAACAGGGCCGGUUUGCGCUGGACGUAGCGACGAAGGUGCUGCCGUACUACAAGGACUACUUUAACAUUGCCUAUCCACUGCCGAAAAUGGAUCUGAUUGCUAUUUCGGAUUUUUCCGCGGGUGCGAUGGAAAACUGGGGAUUGAUCACGUACCGUGAAACGUUCGUGUUGGUCGAUCCGGAAAACACGUCCCUCAUUCGGAAGCAAUCGAUCGCGCUAACCGUGGGUCAUGAGAUUGCGCAUCAGUGGUUCGGUAAUUUGGUGACGAUGGAGUGGUGGACGCACUUGUGGCUGAACGAAGGAUACGCUUCGUUCGUGGAGUUCCUGUGUGUCGAUCAUCUCUUCCCGGACUACGAUAUCUGGACGCAGUUUGUGACGGACAUGUAUACGCGAGCGCUGGAGCACGACUGUUUGCGGAACUCGCACCCGAUCGAGGUACCGGUAGGACACCCAUCCGAGAUAGACGAGAUCUUCGACGAGAUUAGUUACAACAAGGGUGCUAGCGUAAUUCGGAUGCUGCACCACUACAUCGGCGAUGAGGACUUUAAGCGGGGCAUGCAUCUGUACCUGACGCGGCAUCAGUACAGCAAUACGAAAACCGAAGACCUGUGGAACGCACUGCAAGAGGUGAGCAGCAAACCGGUCGGUGCCGUCAUGUCGACCUGGAUUCAGCGAAUGGGUUUCCCCGUGGUGCAAGUACUGUCCUCCAAGCAGCUCGAAGGAAAUCGUCGCCUGCUGAACAUCGCUCAAUCGAAGUUCUGUGCUGAUGGGUGUGAAGCGCCGGAACAAUCGCUUUGGCUUAUUCCGAUAAACGUUUCUACACCGUCAUCGGUAAAUGCCGUCACGACGGUGUUGGAAUCGUCCAAUGCGGAAAUCACGGUCGAGGGCGUUGGAGAACAGGACUGGGUAAAGAUCAACCCUGGCACGAUCGGAUACUAUCGCACGCAGUAUCCAGCCGAGAUGCUGGAACAGUUUCUACCAGCCAUUAAGAAUAUGACACUGCCACCGCUCGACCGGCUGGGACUGAUUGACGAUCUGUUUGCGUUGGUGCAGGCCGGAAAGAGUGCCACCGUUGAUGCCUUGAAGGUAAUCGAUGCGUACCGGAACGAAAACAAUUACACCGUGUGGUCGUCAAUUUCGAACUGUUUGGCAAAACUGCAGCUUCUUCUGGCCCACACACCUGCCGAGAAGCAGUUUGGCGAGUACGGCGUGCGUCUUUAUCAACCGGUCGCCGAGAAGCUGGGCUGGGAUGUAAAGCCCGGCGAGAGUCAUCUCGAUACGCUGCUUCGUUCGCUCGUCCUCGGUCGACUGGUAUCGUUCGGAUGUACGAAAACUGUUGCAGAAGCUAAGAGAAGGUUUGAAGAACACGCACAAAACAAGCGCGUCCUGCCAGCGGAUCUUCGGAGCACCUGCUACAGGGCAGUAUUACAGAACGGUGAUCUCGCAACAUAUGACGAAAUGCUGCGACUGUACCGUGCGACCGAUUUGCACGAGGAAAAGGAUCGCAUCUCGCGCGCGCUCGGUUCGAUCGGCAAUGUUGACAUCUUGCGGAAGGUGAUCGAUUUCGCAAUGUCGGAGGAGGUGCGCGCUCAGGACGCCGUGUUCGUCAUCGUAUCGGUUGCCCUUAACCCGAAGGGACGCGACAUGGCGUGGGACUACUUCUGCGAACACUGGCAGGUGCUGCUAAACCAGUACGAGGGCGGAUUCCUGCUGGCACGUCUGAUCAAGUACCUGACGGAGAACUUCUCCACCGAGGAGCGGGCCCAGGAGGUGGAACGGUUCUUCCGGGAGCACGAGUUCCCCGGUACCGAGCGUACCGUGUCACAGUCGAUCGAAACCAUUCGACUGAACGCGGACUGGAUGAAGCGUGAUCUGGACGCUAUUUCGGCCUAUCUGAAACAGCAGAAGCAACAGUAA